AUGGUGUGCGAUCCAGAGCGCAAGUUGGCAGCGUCUUUGGGGAUAAUGGACCCAGCAGAAAAGGACAAGGCAGGACUGCCACUGACUUGUCGCUCUGUGUUUUUCAUUAGCCCGCAGAAGAAGCUGGCAGCCUCCAUCCUCUACCCGGCAACAACAGGCAGGAGCUUCAAGGAGAUCCUCAGAGUCCUUGAUUCUCUGCAGCUUACUGAGCAGUAUCCUGUUGCAACUCCUGUGGAGUGGACUCCUGGAGGUACCUGCUGCGUCGUGCCAACCUUGUCGGAAGAGGAGGCGAAGAGCAAACUACCAAAGGGCCACCAGGUGCAGCAGCUGCCAUCUGGCAAGGCUUACCUGAGGCUCACGCCUGACCCUAGGAGCUGA